AUGUACUACUUCCUCCGCAACUUUGCUGUCCUGGAGAUCUGGUUCACCUCGGUCAUCUUCCCCAAGAUGCUGACCAACAUCCUGACUGGAUACAAGACCAUCUCUCUCCCAGGCUGCUUUCUCCAGUUUUUCCUCUAUUUCUUCCUGGGCACCACAGAGUUCUUCCUACUGGCAGUGAUGUCCUUUGACAGGUAUGUGGCCAUAUGUAACCCCUUGCGUUAUGCAACCAUCAUGAGCAGAAGGGUCUGUAUACAGCUGGUUCUUUGUUCAUGGAUGGCAGGAUUCCUUCUCAUUGUCUUUCCAAGUUCCAUCACUUUUCAGCAGCCAUUUUGUGGCCCCAAUGUCAUUAACCAUUUCUUUUGUGACAACUUUCCACUCCUGGAACUCAUAUGUGCAGACACGAGUCUGAUAGAGCUUUUGGGUUUUAUUGCGGCCAACCUCAGUUUGCUGGGCACUCUGUCCGUGACGGCCACCUGCUACGGCCACAUCCUCCACACCAUCCUGCGCAUCCCCUCGGCCAAGGAGAGGCAGAAAGCCUUCUCAACCUGCUCCUCCCACAUCAUUGUUGUGUCUCUCUUCUAUGGCAGCUGCAUCUUCAUGUACAUCCGGUCAGGCAAGGGAAAUGAGGGGGAGGACAGGAACAAGGUGGUGGCCUUGCUCAAUACCGUGGUGACCCCGAUGCUCAAUCCCUUCAUCUACACCUUGCGGAACAAGCAGGUGAAGCACGUGUUUAAGGAGCAGGUAAACAAGCUCUUCUUAUAA